UCUAUCUUACCGUGCACCGUUAGUAUGCAGAGGAGUGUUAAGGUUACGGUGCACAUUUAGUACCAAGGUUAGUGUUGAGGUUACCGUGCAUAUUCAGUAUGCAGGUUAGUGUACUGGUUAUUGUGUGCGGUUCCUGUAGAGGUUAGUGUUCAUGUCACUGUGCGUUUACUGUGCUCUGUAGGGCUACCGUGCAUGCUGGUUUUCAGCGUCCGAUGCGGGGGCAGUGUGCUGCACGCCUUUACCUCAUCAUGCUCGUCUUUGCUAAUGCGUCUGCGCUACCGGGCUGCACUGACGACUCCGGUCAGACCGGCGCCCAGCGCUUCCUCUAGGCUGCUGCUCGGCUUCCGCUGACCAGCGCGAUACCGACUGAUAGUGACUCUAGGGCGCCUGUCUGGACGCGGGGGGCGUUUCUGGCUGUCUGCGGCUCUCCCGGAGGCCCGGGAAUUAGGGCUGGGCUCCGGACCUGCCGUCUUCGCCCGAGGGUCAUUGGACACGUCGCAGCCCUUCGCAGUCGCGGCCUGGCCUUGGCUUGUGAGCAGGAAAGUCCGGGGAUUUUCCGGGGCCUGCGCCGGGUGUGGCCCUGUCAAGCUUAACGGGAGCUGCUGCUGCCCUGAAGCCCCAGCAGAAGCCUCUGGCUGUGCAGGGAGGGAUGCCCGCAUUCCUGCGUAUUACCUGACCAGCAGCUCCUGCCCGGGCUCCGCCGUCCUCCUGUCCUCCACUGCCGAUUGGAGGGAGGCCUGUGUCGCUGCCGUGGAAGGGGCAGUCCAUCUCUUUGGGAAAGCAUGGAGUGUGCCGUGUCCCCAGCGCGCUGCUGCCCAGCUCCUGGUCACUUCUCUUUAGAGAGACUGGGCCUGUGAGCUUUGUCUGGAAGCUGAAGGCUGGAUCAGUAACGAGAGGCUUGACCCCCCCUCCCCCCGACCCGGAUACGUGCCUGCAGUGGUACUUUGGUGUUUGACUGAAAUCGCGCACCACACCGAGUGCCCAUCUCCUCCAGGAUUACAGUUCAUCUUACCCCGUUCCCUCUCUGGGGUCCUACCCCCUCCACCUUGCUCUUCUUCAUGGCUUAUGUUAAUCUGCCUGUGUUCAGCCUCAGGUCCAGGGUGUAAUCUGAUGCCUUUUAAGGUGCUGUACUUAUUCCAGGCUUAGACCUUAUAACCAUCCAAGCAACCAAUAAAUGAUAAUCUUGUUACAACUUUUCAAUGAAUCAUCAAAGUGCUUUUGGUAGUUUAUUAUUUUUAAAUGUUAUUGUACCCACAUACACAGCUGUGCUGCUCCCUGGCCAAGAAGGUGGUUUAAGGGCACCAGUGUAAGUGUCCCUGUGGGCCUGGACCCUAUGACCUCAUGAUUCUGGCUUUGGUUCCUUAAUGGUUCUGAGUGAUGGCUAUGAGGCUUCUCCAGUACCUCUCCGCGUGGGCCUCUUCUGGGGCAUUAGGCAGCUCUGUAUAGGUGAGGCUGAGCUGUCUGCUUGACGGGAUGGUGUGGACAGCACCCCUAACUGUGCCCCUAACGAGCCCCAGAGGGUGACAUUCUCAGGGAGCCUCUGCUAGUGUGCCCGUUCCCUUCUGUUUACUUUGGUUGGCUACAGAUAAGGUGUUCAGGAGCUUCUGUCUGGUUCGCAUGAGUGCACAGUUGCACCGUCCAGCUCUCUGGUUGUUUUUAUUCAUUACGAUUAAGGAUGGACCUGAGGUUGGUUAAAUAUUUCGAUGUCCAGACAGAGUGCAUGUGGCCCGGAGGGUGAAGCUCUUCCCUGAAGCUUUCCUCCACUCUAUCAGCCACUUGCUGGCCUUGUUCCUUGUUCCUGCCCCUGAGCCUGUUUAACUCCCUCUAACCCUUCACCUGAAUCAAAGUGUGUGAUGCCCGCAGUCAGCAAGGGUGGGGGUGCCGCUGGCCCCUCUUCUUCGCCCGCAUCCUCCUCCCCGGGCCGCCCUCUCCGGCCCAGCCGCUAUGUGCCCGUCGCUGCCGCCACCGCCUUCCUGGUGGGCUCCACCACGCUCUUCUUCUGCUUCACGUGCCCUUGGCUGGCAGAGUACAUCUCCAUGGCCGUGCCGGUCUACAAUGGAGUCAUCUUCCUCUUCGUCUUGGCAAACUUCUGCAUGGCCACCUUCAUGGAUCCAGGCAUCUUUCCCAGAGCUGAGGAAGACGAGGACAAAGAGGACGACUUCCGCGCUCCGCUGUACAAGACGGUGGAGAUCCGGGGCAUCCAGGUGCGCAUGAAGUGGUGCUCCACCUGCCGGUUCUACCGGCCACCCCGCUGCUCCCACUGCUCUGUGUGCGACAACUGCGUGGAGGACUUCGACCACCACUGCCCCUGGGUUAACAACUGCAUAGGCAGGCGCAACUACCGCUACUUCUUCCUGUUCCUGCUGUCGCUGACAGCCCACAUCAUGGGCGUCUUCGGUUUCGGACUGCUCUUCAUCCUGCACCACACGCAGCAGUUGGACCGCCUGCAUGCUGCUGUCACUAUGGCUGUUAUGUGUGUGGCUGGUCUCUUCUUCAUCCCAGUAGCAGGUCUCACUGGUUUCCAUAUUGUGCUGGUAGCCCGAGGGAGAACCACCAAUGAGCAGGUGACAGGGAAAUUUCGAGGUGGCGUGAACCCUUUCACGGACGGCUGCUGGAGAAACGUCUCCCACGUGUUAUGCAGCUCACAGGCACCCAGGUAUAUGGGCCGGAGGAAGAGGUUUCAGACUGUGGCUGUUCAGCCUCCCUUCCUCAGACCCCCACUGUCAGAGGCCCAGUUGGUAGCCAAGGUCUUGGACAAUGGCAUCCAGGGAGAUCUGCACCGGUCAAAGAGCAGCCUGGAGAUGGAGAGCCAGUCAGCCGACGCCGAGCCGCCCCCCCCUCCCAAGCCAGAGUUGAGAUACCCCGGUCUGGCCCGGGGCCAGCUCUCUCUAGCUGCCUCUGAGGAGAGCUCUCUGCUGAACAAGACCCCGCCCACGCCCACCAUGUACAAGUACCGGGCGGCAUACAACAGUCCCAGCAAAAGCCACACCCCCCUCAGCCAGUCCUACUCCAGCAAGAUGAGUCGGGGCGACAGCCUGAAGGAGUCGUCGUCCCUGCUGGAGUCCAGCCAGCAGGCUGCCUACCGCUCGGAGCCCAGCUUGGAUGGCUGCCACGGGGAGCUAGGUCCCAGGGAGCCGAAUGCCGAGGCCCCGGGGCCCACCGCUCCUGGGGGGGGCAUCCUUGGUUACUCCCUGGGUGGCCGCUCCUUCCCGUCCUUCUCGGACCCCACGGUGCUGUCGGUGGCGGGAUCGCGCUCCUCCAGCGUGCGUUCUGCUCACGCUGGCCACGGUGUCCUCGGCCCGCCGCCACCAGAGGGCGCCUCUUCUACCAGCUACCAGAGCUUGGCCAAUCAGACUCCACGCAGUGGCAGCCUUUCCUAUGACAGCCUGCUGACGCCCUCGGGAAGCCCCGACUUUGAAGCGGCAGGCCCCACGCUGUCCCCGGGCCGGCUCCGUGCCCCCAUGCACAUCCGCCCCCUCCCACACGCGCACCACCCUCCUGUACUGGGCUACAGCUCACCCUUCUUGUCUGCACAGCUGGCCCAGCAGCGUGACCCCGGGCUGCACCAGGCCUCAGCUGCCUUGCUGUCCUCCCCCCGCAAGGCCUACUUGCACGGUGUGAGCCCACCCCCCACCCCGAUGGACAGGGACCCCCAGCGGCACCCCCAGCACCAUGCGCGGCCCCUGCGCUUCUCACGGGCGCCGGUGCUAGCAGACUCGCACCCAGUAGCCUGGGCGCGCUCUCUGGGUUCGCCGGAUUCCCCUCAGGGGACCGUGUCUCCAGGCCCCUUUCCGCACCGGCCCCCACUGGGCAAGUCUCUGUCGUACUCGAGCGCGGCGGCAGCGGAGAUGCAGAGCCGGCUGGUGAGGAAGGCCUCGGCGGGGGCAGGCAUCCAGGCCCCAAAGGAUGAGAUUCAGAUGAAGUCCUACAGCCGCUCAAACGGGCAGCCAAAAACAGGCCCUCCACCCUCACCACAUCAUUCGGCAUCCUCCCCAUCCUCUCCCUCGCACAUGGGGAGCCCGACCCCUCUUACCACAAGGCCAGGCCCAGCCAAUCACAGCACAUCCUCUUUGCACAGCCCCACCCACAAGCAGGGAGGCGGCGUGAAGAAAGUCACAGGCGUCGGUGGGACCACCUAUGAGAUCUCGGUUUGACGGGGGCUGGUUUGAUAAGGGAUCGCGGUCUGCUGUGGGCCAGUAUGCCACUCAACUGGGUCCGGGCAGGCGCACGGACGUGUUCUGCAGCCGUGACUGAAGCCUGGGGUGCCGUGUCACUCGUCACACUGGCCUCUGCUGGCUUGCUCUUGCUAUGACAGCAGGAACUGUAUUGAAACACCCAGGAAUGGAAGGUGAAGCCCACAGAGUGAUGCAUCGUUUCUACCCAUUUGGAUUUUGACCGCUAGCCGCCGCAGCCCAGCCCGACUAGGCGCUCGCUCCCUCCUGUCUGCAGGGCUGCGUUUGCUGAUUGACAGGCAGCUCCCGCUUGCCCGUGCAGCCGUCGGGCGCCGGCGUUAGUUUUUAUUUGAAUUAUUUAUUUUUACAUUUUUAUCAAUUUAUAUAGUGGGUUUAAUAAAAACAGGAGUCUGAAGGGUGGCUAUCUGGACGGGACGGUCUUCGUGCAGCCGGCUGGACCUCCUGCCUGUCGCGACCCUCACCGAAAGCGAAGACUGAGGCCCUGCAUGGCCUGCCACUUUAAUGGGCCCUGGCAGAGCAUGGAUGGCUGAUUCUCCCUUCAAAAUACUAGCGUGCAGUUGCUUCCUGAGGGUUUUCGGAUAUAGUCACCGAGGAAUGACAGACCUUGUUUCGAAUUGCUGUAUAUUUCUGGAUGUUUAUAAUGUCAGUUUGUCAGUUAAGUCAUUAGGUCACCUUCCCCACGAAGGCUGGCCAAUUAUGUGACUGUGGCAUUGUAUAUGAGAACCAAUCCAAACAUUGUUGGACUGGGACCCAGAAGGAAGAUUUGCGUCUUUCGAAAUGAUUGGGUUUAUAUUGGAAUGUUAUGAAAUUUCUUGUCUCAUCAAUCCAGUCAGAGGAAAUUGUUUAAACUUUUAAAAUUGCACUGUGUGACAUUGUGAUGUCAGAAGGCUAGAAUGUGACAGCAGUUGUGACCAGCCAAUGCCUAUGCAGAAAUAACAGGAAAGGCGGGGCUUGUGUGCAUUGUGCAUAUGUGAGCGUGAUUGGCUGUGUGUAUGUCUGUCAGUAUGGCUGACCAAUGAUAAUAAACUUGUUUGUAAAACA